CAUAUAUCGUAUAAGUUUACCAAGUUUUGUUUGAGGUUAUAAUAGUUGAGGUUACAAAUUAUAGUACAAUUGAUAUUUUAUUAGCGUUCUAUGAAUAUUUUUGUUUGAGCCUUUUUAAACAAUUCAUUUUUUAAAAUACUCAAUAGAUUAUCAUUUUAUCAAUAUGUCGGCUGAUUUAAGCUGGAUGAUUAUUAGAAAUAGUAAUGCAUUUUUGUCAAAGAAAGCUAACAUUAAAAAACCAUUCAGCAAGGAACCCAUGAAUUUGACUAAUUUGGCCUCAAAACGUUACAAUGGACUUGUAAAUGAUAACAGUAUUGGUGUUGAAUCAGCUCCUAAUAAUAAAGGCUUCACAGUCAUAACGAAGAAACGCAAAUUAGUGAAUAAGCCUGGAAAGUCUCUUGUUAAAGUUAGUUUUUCAAGUGGUCCAAGGAGAUCCCUUUUUAAAUUGCGAAAAUAUUUGUUGGGCAAUAAUUACAGAAAAGAUUUAAUUCAGGCUUCCCUUAGAAGGGCAAGUGCAAUUCUUGAAUCACAAAAAAGAGCAGCAUUGACCUUAAAAAAAUCUGGUAAAGGCAAAAAACCUGAUGCUUAAAUUAAAACAAUAAAUAUACUUUCUUUAAUUAAUA